AUGAACUCCGUCGAUGCAUCUGAGCACUACGAGCUCAAUGCAACAGAACUCGCUCCCUCACUGCUCACUAUCGUUCUCGAUACCAAUCCACACGCCUGGGCCUCUCUCGAGAGCUCCCUCCCGCUCACCAAAGCCGUCGCCAACCUCCUCGUCUUCAUCAAUGCCCACCUCGCGUGCAAUUACGCCAAUGAAGUCGCAGUUGUCGCCUCUCACACUACAAAAGCUACCUGGCUCUACCCUGUACACGAUGACGAUGUCUCUCAGCAACAACCAGCAGACGCAGACGGGGACGUCGCAAUGAACGGUGAAAAUGGAACCGGCUCACAGACGAACAAAUACCGACCAUUUCGCAUGGUCGAAGAACGAGUCACACAAAGAUUGAAACAACUCCUGGACUCGACAAAUAGCGACGAUCUACGCGGUAACACAUCCACCAUGCUCGCGGGGGCUCUGACGCUGGCUCUCAGCAACAUCAACAGGCAGACCAUCGCCUGGGCUGAGAAGCACGGCGGUGCAGACCUCGAAGACGCCGCUGGCGAUGGGGGCACUGGUGGUGGUAAUGCAGGCAGCACUGGACCAGGGCGGUACUCUGCAUCCAACGACGAGGAGCGUCUCCAAAGCCGGAUUCUCAUCGUCUCGGUCAGCGGGUCAAGUGACUCGGCGCAUCAGUAUAUCCCGGUGAUGAACAGCAUUUUCGCCUGUCAGCGAUUACAUAUCCCCAUCGACGUGUGCAAAUUGAGCGGCGAUGCGGUCUUCUUGCAGCAGGCCUGCGACGCGACAAAGGGCGUCUACAUGGCACUCUCUGAACCACGCGGCCUGUUACAAUAUCUGAUGAUGGCGUUUCUUCCCGACCAGCGCUCGCGGAAACAUCUCGUUCUACCGACGCGCGUGGAUGUGGAUUUCCGAGCGGCGUGCUUUUGCCAUCGGCGGGUCGUGGACAUCGGAUAUGUCUGCUCUAUCUGUCUCAGUAUUUUCUGCGAGCCACCUCCUGACAACGAGUGCCUGACCUGCGGGACUCCUCUCGACGUGGGUGAUUUCGGCUCGAAACCGGCCCUCAUUCCAAGAAAAAAGAAGAAAAAGAAGCGUGUGAACGGGACCUCCACGGUCGGCACGCCAAUGUCAACGGGGACUCCACCUCCUGGCUUCGGCUGA